UACAAAAAACAACAACAUAAGUUGAAUCAAAAACCUAAUAAUUAACCAAAAAUUAAAAUUACAAAAACAUGGUCUGAUUAGAUUGAAUGACAACCCUCGAUUCUGCCUCUCCCUCAUCAGCCGCAGAUUCAACAGCCAUGGUCGACGAAUCAUCUAACCACCACCACCAACCACCACAACAACCUUUUUCCGACCAACAAAACAACCCCAACAACAAAGAAUCCGAGGUUGUCUGGACCACUUUCACUGACAGUUUUCGUGAAGUCCAAACUGUGUUGGAUCGAAACAGGGUAUUGAUUCAACAGGUUAAUGAAAACCAUAGGUCAAAGAUUCAUGAAAAUAUGGUCAAUAAUGUUGCUCUUAUUCAAGAAAUCAAUAACAAUGUUUCCAAGAUUGUGGCCCUUUAUGCUGAUCUUUCUACGAAUUUUUCGAGUUUGUUUCAUCAACGUGGGUCCGAGACUGAUGGCGGAUAAUCGUCGAUAAGGGUUCGAUGUGUUUCGUGUUUGUAAGUUUCUGUGAUGAGGUUUGGUUUUGAGAAAAUUUUUGGAUGGUGAUUUUGGUUUGUGAAAUGUUGAGUUUUGUAAUGUAAUUUGUUAUGUAUGUUGUUGAUUGUAGAUGUAUUGGAUGAGUUUUAUGAAUUUUUACUUGUCAUUAUGUUUUGUUAA